AUGUCGCUCUGGGUUGACAAGUAUCGCCCGCGCACGCUGGACGACCUAUCGUAUCAUGAGGAGCUCUCCUCGCGAUUGCGGUCACUUGCCGCGUCGGGUGACUUUCCGCAUAUUCUCUUCUACGGCCCAUCAGGCGCCGGCAAGAAGACACGCAUCAUGGCGACGUUGCGCGAGCUGUAUGGGCCUGGCGUGGAGAAGCUCCGAAUCGACCAGCGCGUCUUUGUCACUCCAUCGAACCGCAAGCUUGACGUCAACGUGGUCCAGUCCAACUACCACAUUGAACUAACGCCGAGCGACGUUGGUAUGUACGACCGCGUCGUAAUCCAGGAUAUCCUCAAGGAGAUUGCCCAGACGCAGCAAGUCGAUCUGAAUGCGAAGCAGAAGUUCAAGGUCGUCAUCAUUAACGAGGCGGACGCGCUGACACGCGACGCGCAGGCUGCAUUGCGCCGCACUAUGGAGAAGUACAUGACCAAUAUGCGCCUGAUCAUGUGCGCAACGUCUACAAGCAAGAUCAUCGCCCCUAUCCGCUCCCGUUGUCUACUUGUGCGCGUCGCAGCACCCACCGACGAGCAGAUGGGUGCGGUGCUCAACCAUGUGGCCAAGAAGGAACGAUUCGCCCUUCCAUCUGCAGCGGCGGAACAGAUCACGAGUGCUUCGGAUGGGAAUCUGCGCAAGGCGCUGCUGGUGCUCGAGGCCAUGCGGAUGCAGCAGCCGGAUAUGCGCGGCGGCGCCGAUGUGGCGCGGCCUGACUGGGAGACCUAUUGUGUCAAGGUGGCCGACAGCAUUCUGAGCGAGCAGAGCCCCCAGCGCCUCCUCGAUGUUCGCGGCAAGCUUUAUGAGCUUCUGUCGCACUGCAUUCCGCCAGCUGUUGUUCUGAAGACCAUUGCCGAGCGCAUUGUCGACCGCGUCGACAACGAGCUCAAGCCUCAGAUUGUGCAUUGGGCGGCACACUACGAGCUGCGAAUGCGCCAGGGGUCUAAGAAGAUCUUCCAUCUCGAGGCAUUCUGCGCGAAGAUCAUGAUGGUCGUCAAGAACUUCAACGUGAUGGGGGUGGUCGACGACUGGGACGUGUGA